AUGGUGCGCGCCCAUGGCUGGGAGCCAAGAUAUGCGCGCUUUUUUUUUCGAAGGGGGAACGAGCUGCCUGGUGCAUUCGAAGAUUGUUCGUCCUGCUGUUCAUUGUGUCAUAUUAAUUGGUUACAACAACAGUCUAAGCUAGAAAUUAAGAAACGCAAUGAUAAAGACAUAUCCUUUCGUAUGAACAUGACCUAUCCUGACAGAAGAGGGGAUAUCCUGGCACCAGAAUCAAUAGCCGUAUUGAAGACCAAGUACCCUUUGUUGUCCAACUCAGAUGAGCUUUUUGCAGAAUUUGUGAGACUCACUGGCCGUAAUGCAAAAGAUGAGAUAAACUGUAGGACAGAUACAUAUCUUUUGCCCCUAUCACGACUGCCUAGGCCGAGAGGGAAAUUUGAGAAGCAGCAAGCACAAAUUAUUACUGAAAUGAAGGAAAAAAUGCUGGAGGUUGACAAUGACGAUGAUCGAAAAUAUGCUGCUCACUGUUUGGGGAUUUUGAGUCUUCCAUUUCAACUAAACGAAGAUAUCAAGCUUCUAAUUCAUGAAGAACCGGGAACAGCUUCUAGGAAGACAUUCCAUGUGAUUGUGUUCACUGGUCCGCUCUUUGACUGUAAGCAAUUUUCUGUAUUGGCAGAAGAAGAGAUUCUAGGGGAGGUAUCUUCUUUUAUUGAAGCUGUUGCCCUACUGAUAACCUGUUAUUUUGUGUUUAACAUUGCCUAUCCUCCAAAAAUUGGAGUGACUAUGACCUUCAUCCAAAAGGUAUUGGUGGGUCACGACGAUCAAUUAAAGUCGACCCCGAAGUUGCUGUCCCUUUUGGGACGAAUAACCAAACAUUUAAAAAAAUCCAUCUGCUUUAAAAUAAUAUUUAAUUGAAGAUUUAUACUUUAAUAAAUUAAUUAUCCAC